UCUUCAUCCAUCAAGCCCUAGCUCAUUUGCUUCAACACUGCUACCUCGCGAACCGGAGAACAAAAUGGCGGAGAGAGGUGGAGGCGACCGUGGUGGUUUUGGUCGUGGAUUUGGCGGCCGCGGAGGCCGAGGCGACCGUGGAGGCCGUGGCCGCCGCCGAGCGCCACGCCAGGAGGAGGAGAAGUGGGUCCCCGUCACCAAGCUCGGCCGCCUCGUGAAGGAAGGCAAGAUCCACUCGCUGGAGCAAAUCUACCUUCACUCCCUACCGAUCAAGGAGUACCAGAUCAUCGACACUUUGGUCGGGCCAUCGCUCAAGGAUGAGGUGAUGAAGAUCAUGCCAGUCCAGAAGCAGACCCGCGCCGGUCAGAGGACCCGGUUCAAGGCUUUCGUGGUCGUCGGCGACGGAAAUGGCCACGUGGGGCUAGGAGUGAAGUGCAGCAAGGAGGUCGCGACCGCGAUUCGUGGAGCCAUAAUUCUUGCCAAACUUUCCGUGAUUCCUGUGAGGAGGGGCUACUGGGGGAAUAAGAUCGGGAAGCCUCACACUGUGCCGUGCAAGGUCACUGGAAAGUGCGGGUCAGUCACGGUGAGGAUGGUGCCGGCGCCGCGUGGUGCCGGGAUCGUUGCGGCGCGUGUCCCGAAGAAGGUGCUCCAGUUUGCUGGUAUUGAGGACGUGUUCACCUCGUCUAGAGGGUCUACCAAGACUCUCGGAAACUUUGUGAAGGCAACCUUUGACUGUCUGCUGAAGACAUACGGCUUCCUUACUCCGGACUUUUGGAGGGAAACCCGAUUCAACAAAUCUCCAUUCCAGGAGUACACAGAUAUGUUGGCUAAGCCCACUGGGAAGCCACUCAUUUUGGAUGAUGCUGAGAGAAUUGAUGCCUGAGCUAGCAUUUCGGUUGUUAAGGGCGUCUAGUUUUUGUUAGUACUUUUAAUUUGUUUAAGAUAAGAUGUUAUGUUUUUCCUUCUGAGAUACAUGCUGUUACCUUUAUGGUAUAACUCUGCUCCAUCUUGUGCUUUUUGUGUUGAUUUUGACGAGGGUUGAAGACAGAUACUGUGAAAAUCUUUCAGAGCUUCACAUCAAGUUCUCAGUUCAAUUGGUUUC